AUGAAAAAAAGAACGGUUUAUGUCCGUGUUGUAUUUCUGAAAGUCGGCGAAAUCGACACGGUAAAGGAGAAAUACUGUGCAGACGUGUUUGUCCAAGCAAGAUGGCGGGAACCAUCAUUGGAUUUCUGUCAACAUCUUCGAAACACAAAAUUGGACAAUUACUGGGACCCUAGAAUGUCGGUUCAAAACGUGAUAGACUCAAAAAAGAAGAAAGUGUUAAAAGAAUUGACUUUCGGUCCCAAUGAGGAGGCGUAUAUCGUAGAGAAGAGAAAACUAAGCGGAAACUUCUCCGAGAAAUUGGAGCUUGGGGACUUUCCUUUUGAUCAUCAGUAUUUGAACCUGAUUAUUACGUCAGAAAUUCCCGCCAGUGAAUUAGAAUUUGUGGAGGACACGGAGGAACUGAGUACCAUUAAUGUGUCCUGCUUUGUGGAUGUCCAGGAGUGGUCACUUUAUGACUAUGUAGAUUUUGUUCCUUACACAGAGACUAAAGUGUUCUCGCAGAAACGAAAUGUCAACGCCAAGUUCCCGGGCAUUUCUGUCGGCUGCUGUGCAGUCAGACGCGCGGGAUUCUUCGUUUGGAACGUUAUUGUGAUAAUGACACUUAUAUGUGCAACUUCUUUCGCGACGUUUGCAGUCAGUCGUAAACUACCUCAAAACAGACUACAAUUAUCCAUUACUUUGAUGCUGACGGCAGUUACAUUUAGAUUGACGACAAAUGCUAAUCUUCCAAAGAUAUCAUAUCACACCCGUCUGGACAAGUUUAUCCUUACCAACAUGUUCUUUAACUGGUUGGUGACGGCGUGGCACGCACUUAUAACCAGAUUUGAGUACGAUGAAGUCCUCCAGGAGACCAUGGAUAACUGGGCUUUUGUAGUUUUUCUCAUCUCUUACGGCGUAUUCCUACUUGUAUUUGGUAUCCUAGUUCUAAUAACUUAUGUUAUUAGGAAUAAUGAAUUAGAAACCAAACUACACAAGUACGAGGAAAAAGCUGAGAAACUGAUGGGCGGAGAUUGGAAGGACUCCCGGGAAAAAGAACACGAAAAAGUCACCGUCAAAAGACGAGCCGGAUUAUCCUACACAACCCCCGGUACAGCAGCCUCUGUGUCCCCCAUGCAUGCCUGAAGCUCCAUUAUAGCGGUGUCAUCCCAAAAGCUUUAAACGAUAUACAUCAGUACUUUCCAUUGCAUUACUGAUAUAUUGUUAUAUAGAACUUUAAAUCUGGACUUACCUCGAAGUGCUCAAUAUUUUGUCAUUGUUGUG